CACAGUGCCCGGAUUACGAUGACGUCAUAACCAAUCUCGCCAUCUUUGUUCGAUUCGCUUCACUGUUUUUUUUUCUGCGGAACCACCGACAACCUCCACCAAAAUGGCCGCGCCACCAACUAAUAAGAGGUUACAACAAACCCAAGCCCAAGUGGACGAGGUGGUGGAUAUUAUGCGAGUGAACGUAGACAAAGUUCUAGAGAGGGAUCAGAAGCUAUCAGAACUGGACGAUCGCGCCGAUGCGCUUCAGCAAGGGGCCUCGCAAUUCGAGACAAACGCCGGCAAGCUGAAGAGGAAAUAUUGGUGGAAGAACUGCAAGAUGAUGAUCAUUCUCGCCAUCAUUAUCGCAAUUAUUCUCAUCAUAAUAAUAGUGUGGGCUACACAGGGCUAAAGUCGUAAUUGUGGAAAACACAAAAGGUAAAUAGAGAGAGUCAGGGGCGACGAGUAGUACGGGAGGCGUUCCUGGAACCCAACGUGAUGAGGUGGUGGAAGAGGAGUUCAGAAGUGCUUGCCAAUAGAAGUCAACUCUCUUCAUCUGCGUCUUUCUCUCCAUGCUCCCCGUUCCACCCCUUGGUCCAUCCUUUUUUUCCUCCCUGCGUGUCUUCUGUCGAUUAAAAUAUACAUUGAGUAGUUUUCCCGGUGUACAAAUGAAAUCCAGCAGUUCUCGUGGGAUUUGAUUCAUCAAUAACUCAAGUAAUGUAUACUUCUGUACAAGCUAGUGGUAUUCAUUUACUUCCGGAAAAAUAAGUGAAUACCAGAGGAUGUCUGUAACUCUCUUCUUGGUAAGAAUCUCAUAGAUGUGUCAGUUUCUGACACAGUUUUCACAACCCUCAUUCCCGUACUUCCCCCCCCCCUUACGUUUGUGAAACCUUUGAUUUUUCUGUUCCCCAUAUGUCGCGAUGCACAGAAACUUGGGUCAGUCACAUGUAGCUGUCAAGAUCAACUCUUGAUACCAAGUGUCCUGGUUCGUAGGACUCUGUGUGAGUCAUUCAUGUAGCACAGUGGUGACACUAGGCACCAGACCCAAAGGCUAGUCAGAAAUGCUCUGAUUUUACAUUGAAUGCUUGGGUUAAAAUUCAGAAAAAUUUUCCUUCAGUCAAAAUAGGGAUGAUUCCAGAAAUAAACCUAAAAAGUCUGGACCCAGAAACCGUUAGAAGACAAAUGGUGUCCCUUUCGGGUGCAUUGUUGAAUUUUAGAUUGCCCUAACCAAUCAGAGAUACAGGAACUUCGAGGCUCGUUCAUUCGUCGCUCCUUCGACUUUCCUUCGUCCGACCACUCUCCACCCACGUGCUUCUCCCUCUCUGCCCAACUUGACUCAACCCCGCCCUACCCCCCAUUCUACCACGCCCUACCCACCCUCCCUCUCCAGCUCAUUUUGAUCCCCUCUUCCCAUUCUGUUGGCAUUAUUGAGAAGUGUAUAUUUCUCUCUGUAAUGUGUAUGCAUGUAAAUGUUUGGCAUAUCCACUUCAGUCCUCUUUUUUAGCUGAUUACAAAGAGAUAAACUUUUUUUUUGUUUUAAAUUGUGGACGUCACUGUCCGUAUUCAGGUUUACCGAAAUUUGUAGUGAAAAACUUCGAAUCAGCCAAACAAUUUAAGAAAAUAUUUAAGAUAUGUCAUAAUCUGUAUCUUUUAACGAUCUGUCAAAGUUGUUAACACAAUUUAGAAGCGAUGAGAAACUUACAGAAGUCAUAUAUGUAACAACUUUUUUCCCCGCGUCAGAGGAAAGUUAAUUUUGCGAGAUCUUUUUACACCCAGAGAUAAUGAAUGAUGCAUUUCACUGCAUGCAUAAUUAAGGCCCGAGUAAGAAAGAAGGCAAACACAGCCACAGUGUUCCUAUUGUGAGAACUACCGAGACCAACUCGAUAGCGGAAAGCGAUAGUGGUUAGUGGAAAGUUGCUUUCACGCUGCCCAGGGUUAAAGUAAAGGAUACCCAAGUCACAGAUUUGAUUUGUCGUACACGGUGGCCGCGUAGUGUGUUCCGGCAGACUUACACAUGAAAUUACAGAUUGCUUCAGACAAGAGGGCACUCAUCCAAAUAGCGCACAGAAGAAACAUGCAGGCAUUCCUUCAGUUUUGGUAUUUUCGCCUAGUCACUCUACAGUCCAGUGAGUUAAGGUCGGCUUUGAACAGUUCAAAGGGUUACAGAGAAAGAAAAUAUUUAGUUUACUUGAAGUAUU